AUGGAAAAAAAUGAUGAGCAAGAAGAAACAGAGUUGCCGAAUGUUGGAAUGGAUGAUGAUGAUGCACUAAAAGAUGCGUUAAGAAAUGUGGGAUCUAUAUAUGAAACUUUUCAUCAGAAAGAGGAUGGUAAUGAUCUUCUUAAGUUUCUUAAAGAAGUGUCCGUCUCAACCGUAGCAUCGGAGUCGGCAUUUAGCACUGAAGGACGAGUACUUGAUCCAUUUAGGAGCUCUUUAAAUCCUAAAGUUGUGGAGUAUCUCGUUUGUGCUCAAGAUUGGCUUCGUAAAUCUGCUCAUUUCAGUAUCGAAGAAAUUCUUCAAGAUGUCGAGAAAAUGAAAAAAGAAGGAAGGGCAGGUGUUGUGGAGUUCAUACAUCGGAGCCCCGAUAGUCCCCACGGUGCAAAUCUCAAGGGUCCAGUGUAUCCUAUUAAGAGCAAUGAAGAUGUUAUGAAUAUGUUUAAAAUUCACUACGGGAAAAAUAUAAUUUCUAUAUAUGCCGAGGAUAAAGCUUUGCCGAUGCGCAUAUGUGAUGCUUUCGGACAUGACAUACGGAUGCUUAAUGAAGGUUUGUUGCUUGAAUGGUGUCGUGGAAUGGAGGAAAGUAGCACUCCGAGGAAUUAUGUUUUUGAGAACGAUAAGGGUUACGAGGAUGAUGGGGGUGAUGACGUUCAUGAGGGUGAAAACGUGCAUGAGGAAAGAGUAACGGAUGAUGUAUUUCGAAAAGGGAAAGGCAUUGCAACUCUAGACUCGGAAGAGGAAAGCAAGGGGGACGAUGAGGACAAUGAUGAAGACGAUGACUCGCAAGGGAAUUUCGAGUACAUGGGUGUUGACGAACCUAUGUGGACCGAUUACACGAAGGGAAUGGACAGUCGUGGUUGGUAUGAGGCUCAAUCGCAUGCAGAAGAAGGGGCAAAUGCGAGCGAUGACGAUGACGAUGAUGAUGCUGAUGACAAUGACAGUGAUGGUGACAAUGACGAUGAUGAUGACCGUGAUCGUGACGAUGACGAUAAUGAAGACAAUGACAAUGACGAUGAUGAAGACGAUGACGAUGAUGAUGAUGAUGCAUAG